AUGGCAGGCCUGUUGGCAUUCAAGGAUGUGGCUGUGGAAUUCACCUGGUGGCAGUGGGGACAGCUGGACUGUACUCAAAAGGACCUGUACAGGGACGUCAUGCUGGAGAACUUCAAGAACCUGGCAUCCGUUGGACUUCUGGUGUCCAAACCAUAUGUGAUCUGCCAGUUGGAGGAAGGGGAAGAGCCAGGCAUGUUAGAGAGAGAAAUCUUAGCAGGUGCCCACUCAGACUGGGAGAGAAGGCCUAAAGCCAAGGAAUCAUUAUUAAGUCAGGGAAGUUCCAAAGAAGAAUUAUUCCAGAUAGCAUCAGUGGAAAAACACAGUAGAGAUGCAUUCUGGUCCUCCAAACUGAAGGCAACCUGUGGUUGUGAUGACCAGUUAGAGACACAUCCAGAAAAACAGGAGAGACAUCUGAAAGAAAUGUCACUCACUCACAAGUCUGCUACCACCCUUAGGGGAGAUCAUGAAUGCAGUGAAUUAGGGAGAGCUUUAGGCUUAAGAUCAGUCCUUGUUAACCAAUGUGAUAUUCCUACUGGAGAAGAAUCCUAUACAUACGAUACAGAAUUCAGACAGACUUCAGGGAGAAAUAACUCUCAGAGAACUCAUCCAGGGAAGAAAUCUUGUACAUGUAAUGAAUGCGGGAAGUCCUUCCAUUUCCAGUCAGAACUUAGAGCCUUUGGUCAUACUUCAUUCCUUAUUAAACAUCAGAGAACUCAUACUGGAGAAAAGCCCUAUGAGUGCAGUGAAUGUGGGAAAGCCUUUGCUCGUAUUUCAUCCCUUAUUAAACAUCAGAGAACUCAUAAUGGGAAAAAGCCCUAUGAGUGCAAUGAAUGUGGGAGAGCCUUCAGCCAGAGCUCAUCUCUUGUCUUACAUCAUAGGUUUCAUAUUGGAGAGAAACCCUACAAGUGUAAUAAAUGUGGGAGAGCCUUUGGUCAUACUUCAUUCCUUAUUAAACAUCAGAGAACUCAUACUGGAGAAAAGCCCUAUGAAUGCAGGGAAUGUGGGAGAGCCUUCAGCCAGAGCUCAUCUCUCAUCGUACAUUAUAGGUCUCAUACUGGAGAGAAACCCUACAAGUGUAAUAAAUGUGGGAGAGCCUUCAGCCAGAGCUCAUCUCUCACUCAACAUUAUAGAUAUCAUACUGGUGAGAAACCCUACAAGUGUAACGAGUGUGGGAGAGGCUUUGCUCACACUUCAUCCUUUAUUAAACAUCAGAAAAUUCACACUAGGAAAAAACCACAGUGA